AUUUUGGCAUUAUUGGAUUAAAUGUAGAAAGUGUUUUUUAUGUACAAUUAAUUAAAUUAAACUAGUUAACAUUUGCAAAUAAUACCAAUGUGGCAUUGAAUGAGCUCGGCGUGCGAAUCAAACUGAGUGCGACCGUAGUAAUUGAAAUUUCGCUACACUUACCGAAGCUACUCCCACAUAAAAAAAUAAAACAAUUGCAGCAGCAGCAGCAGCAGCAGAAAACAAAGAGAUAGCGCCAGCAGAGACAAACGACCACGACAACGACAACUGCACAACACUGCGGCCAAUACAAAAACUCGUUUCUUGUAGACCGACCACAAGAGGGGCGUGCCUGCGUCUAACAGUCCGUAAGCAGAAACAGCAGCAGAUCGCAGCAUUAUGAUGGUUGAGUCCGACGGUACCGCCGACGCCACCCGCCGUCUUAAUGUUAAGAAGCAAACUCUAGACGAUGCAUAUGCCGUGCCCGCCAACUUCCUCGAAAUUGAUGUAGUCAAUCCCUUAACAACCAUGGCGGCAGGUAAAAAGCGCUACACAGACUACGAAGUGCGCAUGAGGACCAACUUGCCGGUAUUCAAGGUUAAAGAAUCGAGUGUGCGACGUCGCUACAGCGACUUUGAAUGGCUAAGAAACGAACUGGAACGUGAUAGUAAGAUUGUGGUGCCUCCACUGCCUGGCAAGGCCUGGAAGCGACAAAUGCCUUUUCGUGGCGAUGAAGGCCUCUUUGACGAGAAUUUCAUUGAAGAACGAAGAAAGGGCUUGGAGGCGUUCAUCAAUAAGAUAGCCGGACAUCCACUGGCGCAGAAUGAGCGCUGCCUGCAUAUGUUCCUGCAGGAGAAUGUCAUCGAUAAAAAUUAUGUACCCGGCAAGAUACGCAACACAUAAGGCCUCUGAACCCUAUUGGACAGCAAUAACAACAGUAGUAAUGCAAUGAAGCAAAAGCUCGAAACGAACAAAACUUAAGAAAUGAAAAUUACGAAACCAAUUAGGCAAAAUCAAUCCGUGUGUUGUAUGUGUGCGUGUGUGUUUAGCCAGUUACGAGUAAUAACGAAAAAUAAUAUAUGUUAAAAACAAAUUAAAACACCAACUGCUUCUUCAGCUAGGGCGGGCAGUCGAGGCUCAGUUAAUGUUGAGCAUGCUCUAGCUGAAGUAUUGGGAAUUUUUAUUGCUAAAUUAAUAUGUUUAUAUGCAAUGGUAUACAUACAAUACAAAUUAUAUACUAUACAAUAUACAUACUAUAUAAUAUACAUACAUAUUUACCUUAUAGUGUACAUAAUACAUACAUACAUCCAUCAAUCCUGUAUGGACUGGACGUCGCACCGUCUCAUUUCAACUAGUCCUAUGGCAGGACAAACGCUCUGUUGGACUUCAGAACCUCUCGAAUCUGAGUGCGAGAACAUCACUCCUCCCAACUCAUCCUACUCCAAACCCUUUAGUUGUUGUAUAAAAUUUGAAUUAUUGAGUUUAAUAUUGCAACAGCAAAGCAAAAAGUUACCCUCCACAUCCAUGGAUUAGUACUAUAUAUAU